UUAGGGUUUACUUCCAUCGGCAGAACAGAAUCACAAUUUCGUGGCUACUUUGUUUGAAAACCCUAGACGGUGAUUAAUCGAUUGAUUAAUAAUGGACAAGAGCAUGUUAGCGGAUUUGGAUUCGCUUCCUGAGGCAGAUAAGCAGAGAAUGUCUACCAUGAUCGAUCAGCUCCAAAUCCGUGACAGUUUGAGAAUGUACAAUUCACUGGUGGAGAGGUGCUUUAACGAUUGUGUUGACACAUUUAAGCAUAAAUCCCUGCAAAAGCAAGAGGAAACCUGUGUUAGAAGAUGUGCAGAGAAAUUUCUGAAGCAUUCUAUGCGUGUUGGCAUGAGGUUUGCUGAGCUCAACCAAGGAGCUGCAACACAAGAUUGAUGCCUGUUAACAUCUUCCAAUGGAAAAGUGUUGAUUUUUUGUUAUAAUUAUUUUGAACACAGUUCGUUUAGUUAUAAUUUUGCUCUUGAUAAACGACUUAGGGAGUGCUAAUUUGCUACGAGUACACAAUCAUUCGUGGUUAAUAAAUUCAUGAAAAAUGAAGAUGCAAUCACUGUACUGUAGAAUCCUGAUACUUGAUUGGGUUUUUUCACUACUUAUCAUUUU